AUGGAAAAGGAGAAAGAAAGAGCUUUUCUUCUAGGAGCAACAGAGAUAAAAGGAAGUGUAGCGGUAAGGGAAGAUCAACUUUCCCUUUCUCUCUACCUCUCUUCCUCAAGCCUCUUCAAAGCAGAUCUCUCUAGAAAUCACCAAGGAUUAGUCUUUCUGAUCUGUGAAAAGGGUAAAAAUAUGAAUAGAGGAGGAAGCAGUGGUGGGGGACAAAGCUCUUUAGGGUAUUUGUUUGGAGGUGGAGAGACUCCAAAGCCAGUACCAAAAGCUACUACUCAAGCUGCUCCAUGUGAAACUCAAAUACCAGCUGCAAAACCUGAGCCUGUUGCUGUUUCUGCCCCAGUAGAUGCUACAAAGCAGGUUCCUGCAGGAAUUCAUAGUCAACCUUCCAACAAUUACUUCAGAGCUGAUGGUCAAAACACUGGAAACUUCAUUACAGAAAGACCUUCGACUAAGGUCCAUCAUGCCCCUGGUGGUGGAUCGUCUCUUGGGUACAUGUUUGGCAAUGGUGGAAGCAAGUGAUGUAAGUCAUGGUAUGAGUUCUAAUUAAGAUUUGAAGUUGUAAUCACAAAGAUAAAUGCUUUUUUGCUUUACUGAUUGUGAAAAUGUGCUUCAUGUAAUGUAAUCUAUUUGGUGAAUGUUGGUUUGGAUCAUAUCACUCUACAUAAAUCUUGCACCAAUAUUAUUAGUUCAAUCAUGUUCAUGAUGGAUGCUGUGAAAUUUCUUGUGUUCUAAGUUGUUGAUUGUUUGCUUAUCCUGUUGUGUUUCAAGGAUAUCGAUCCACAGCAACUUAAAGUUGCACCUCC